AGGUGAUAAAAGUCUGUUGUUGUUCUCUGAAGUCGUAUUGCUCAGUCAUUGUUGUGGCUGGCAAGCGUUUUAAAUUGUUGCAUACACGUUAAUACACGAAAAUGAAGAUUUUUUACCUGUGUCUGUUCGCGGCACUUGCUUUGGCAUCGGAUGCACUCAUCCGGAUUCCAUUGAAAAAAUUCCGUUCCAUCAGACGAACCUUGACUGACUCAGGGAGGGCAGCGGAAGAGCUGUUGGCUGGGAAAGAACACACUAAGUACAGCAACCUGGGCUUCCCCAGCAGCAAUGGGCCCACUCCAGAAACACUAAAGAACUACAUGGAUGCUCAGUACUACGGUGAGAUCGGCCUGGGCAGUCCGGUGCAGACGUUCACCGUGGUGUUUGACACGGGCUCCUCCAACCUAUGGGUUCCGUCCAUCCACUGCUCCUUCACUGACAUCGCCUGCUUGCUUCACCAUAAGUAUAACGGUGCCAAGUCCAGCACGUACGUGAAGAACGGAACAGCGUUCGCCAUCCAGUACGGUUCAGGCAGUCUGUCCGGUUACCUGAGCCAGGACACGUGCACGAUCGGCGGUCUGGCCAUACAAAAGCAGGUGUUUGGAGAGGCCAUCAAGCAGCCAGGCGUGGCCUUUAUCGCCGCCAAAUUUGAUGGAAUCCUGGGCAUGGCGUACCCCCGGAUCUCCGUGGACGGGGUCGUUCCGCCCUUCGACAACCUCAUGAGCCAGAAGAAGGUGGACCAGAACGUGUUCUCUUUCUACCUCAACAGGAACCCGACCACAGAGCCCGGAGGGGAGCUGCUCCUGGGCGGAACCGACCCCAGCUACUACAGCGGAGACUUCCACUACCUCAACAUCACCCGCCAGGCUUACUGGCAAAUCCACAUGGACGGGAUGGCCGUGGGCAGCCAGCUCACCCUGUGCAAGGGAGGAUGCGCCGCCAUCGUCGACACCGGCACGUCCCUCAUCACCGGCCCGGCGGCCGAGGUCCGGACCCUGCAGAAGGCCAUCGGCGCCAUUCCACUCAUCCAGGGGGAGUACAUGGUGAAGUGCGAUAAGAUCCCAACCAUGCCAGUGGUCACUUUCAACCUGGGAGGAAAGGCCUUCAGCCUGACCGCGGACCAGUAUGUACUCAAGGAGACCCAGGCUGGUAAGACCAUUUGUCUGAGUGGCUUCAUGGGUCUGGACAUCCCGGCCCCCGCUGGGCCUCUGUGGAUCCUGGGAGACGUCUUCAUUGGCCAGUACUACACCGUGUUCGACCGUGACAGCGACCGGGUGGGCUUCGCCAAGUCCAAGUAGAACUAAAACAAUCUGAAGGCUGUGCCCCCCAUUUCAUCAGCGCCCCCCCCCUGCGCCUGAGGGGCACACCUGACCCGCACGGUCCCUGGAUUUGGAUGAUCACGCAGACCGUGCUGUGGAGGAAUGGUUUGCGGUGUACAGAGGGUUGAUGUUUAGAAAGGAGAAAUCAAGGUGCGGCUAAAGACCCGGGGGUUACCUGUUGGCACAUGCUUUCUGUUGCUUAUUGUGACGUCGUUAAAGUAGCAAUAGAUUUCAGAUGCACUGAGUUAAAUGAGCGUUAAUUUAUUCAUUAUUCGCCGAGUGUGCAAGUGAAACGCAACGACGUGGGCGGUGGAUGGGAAGGUGAGGUACAGACCGGUUAUCCGAACCCUUUGACUUUUAACACCUGAGUAAUCUGCCGGAUGUUUUAGUUUCUUUUAAUCAGGGAUUUUUAUUUUAAAGCAACAGAACAAUUUUAGAUUUGAAUUUGCUUUUUAACAGGCAAUGGAAUCCUGUCAAUGACUUAAGAUGUCUUGAAAUAAUUGUGUUUAAAUGAAGACUUCUAAAGUUUC